AUGUCUGCAUUCACUAGAGAAGUACAAAAGAAGUUUGAUGCUGCCAAGGAGAAUAAAGAUUUAGUCUCGUACGAGACAACUGAAAUUGAGAAGGAAUCAGGAGGUAUGAACUUUAUCCUUUCUUUGGUUCCUGCCCUUGCUGAGAAGGCCAAGGCCAAGCAAGACAAGAAGGAGGGUGAGGAGAAGCACAAUCCUUUCUUGAACCCCAAUCCUGCCUUGGUCGUCAAGGAACUCGAUAACCACAUGAUUCUCUUGAACAAGUUUUCCGUGACUCCCUGCCAUUUGCUCAUUGUGACCAAAGAAUUCAAAAAGCAAACUGAUCCUAUUUUGCCGGAUGAGCUUUAUGAAGCAUUCAAAACCAUCAAGGAUUUCGGUUCCUCUCAACCAACACUUGCAUUCUAUAACUGUGGACCCAACUCGGGUGCUAGCCAAGGACACAAGCAUAUUCAAGUGAUCCCAUUGAACCGUGAUUACGAAUUCCAACCUCCUCUCAAGCAGCUCUUUGACGAAAUCUACGACCGUCAAAUUGGCCAAAUCUACGCCAUCAACAAACUCCCCUUUGUCCAUGUCAUCAUUGGACUCGAUAACAACAUAAUCCGUGCCGCCAAGGACAGAGAAUCCCUCACCAACUACUUGGCUCAAAUGUUCUUUGGUAUCUUGGAUGCCAUGUUUCAGCAAUUGCGUGAAAACUCGCUUCCUCUCGACACAUCUUACAACUUUUUGAUGACCCAAGAUUUCAUGAUGUUGGUGCCUCGUUCCAAGGAAACUGCUACCAUUGAACACAAGGGCAAGCAAUUUGAGUUCUCCAUCAAUUCAUUAGGGUUCUCUGGUUCCAUCUUGUGCAAGACGGAGGAAGAGUUGGAGGCACUGAAGGCACAGGAGAAUUUAAUGGAUAUGUUGACUCAAGUGGGUGUUGCAUGGAGCCCGGAUUCAGAGAAAUACGAUGCUGAAAGACAACUCGCUGAAGCUGCUGAAUUGGUUUAA